AAAAAAAUUGUUGUUCCUGCUCGCUCCACAAUCACCCCUCCAACACAAACCACAACCUUGCACCGACAUCCAUCACACAGCCAGGACUUCACCUUGAGCAGGAUGGUGUUUGAGACAAUCCCCAUUGCGCCCGAGGGCACCACGAGCAACUCCAUUCUGGAUGAGCGCGUGCAAAUCCAUGGCACCCGCAUGGACUGGGGCUCCCUCGGAGUUCUCAACGUCGUGGAUCCGGAUGGCCUUCUGCUGAUGCAAGAGUAUGAUGUUCCAGACAAAGGCAGCCGUCUCCACUUUAUUGAAGAAAGCGGCCGCGAUAUCAUGCGCGUGUUGUUGGAGCUCUACAUGCACGUCGUUGCAGAGGACAGACUCAAGUACAUUGUCACCACCUUCGAUCGCAUCGCAGAGGAUGAUCCAUCCACCACAGAUCUGCUCAUUGAGGUGGCAGGCACCAUCGAAAGUGCACCACCGUCGCCGCUUCACCCAUUUCUGCAGAAGCUUGAGAUGCCCUCCCUCUACAUCGCCCACCAGUCAUCACGCGUCAUCGCCAGGUUGAUUGAGCACGGCGCACCGUACGAGGACAAGCACAUCCAGACCUACCUCAACUGGCUGCAGAAGCAGCUGAGCCACCAGGAGUCGAGUGCUGUGCGCCUGGCGCUGGCGGCGGUGGUUUCCGUCCUCAAGGUCCCGCGCAACCGUCCGCUCGUCGCUCACUCCCGAAGCUUCCUGGAUGCCCUGAAAUCGCUGCUGCACCCGAGCGGGCACUUCCAGAUCCUCUAUCAGACGCUGGCGUGCCUGUGGAUGCUGACGUUUGACGCGUCGGCGGUGCAGUCGAUUCGCUUUGAGGUGCUGCACUCGCUCGCCAUCACCGCUGUCGAGAUUGUCAAGGAGGCAAAGAAGGAGAAGGUCACACGCGUCGCCUUUGCCUUUCUCAGGAACUGCGUUGAGAACCUUGAGGCGAAGCAAUCGCUCGAACUCUCCAUCGCCAUGGUCACGCACAAGCUGCUGCCUGUUGUUGAGCGGCUGCACCGGGCGGCGGCGCACGAGGAUGAGGAGUUGGCGGAGGACGUCGAGUUUCUGCUGGAGAAACUGCGCAGCUGCCACGACCACAUGAGCUCCUUUGACGAAUACGUCGCCGAGGUGCGAAGCGGGGAGCUUGAGUGGACGCCCGUGCACCGCAGCAAGAAGUUCUGGGCAGAGAAUGUGCUCAAGUUCAACGACAACAAGCAUGAGCUCCUCAAGACGGUCGUCUCCUGCCUCACAUCAAACAACCCGCAGACGCUUGCGGUUGCGGUGCACGACUGCGGGCAGUAUGUGAGCCACUACCCGUUUGGCAAGAAGGUGCUUGAAGACCUCUCUGCCAAGAGCAAAAUCAUCGCACUCAUGGAGCACGAGGACAAGCAGGUCAAGUUUGAGGCCCUCAUUGCGGUGCAGAAGAUGGUGUCCGACAACUGGGAGUUCCUUGGUGCGCAGACGAAGAAGGCGGCCGAGGGCAGCGCUUAAAUCACUGACACCCACAACCCAUGCGCCACAACCUCCACCAACAACCCAUUCGUCACCACCUCCACCAUGGCCUCUCCCUGCACUUCCCAGCAGCCCCCCCCCCUUCUCUCCUAGUGCUCGCUUCACACACAGUCCAGUUUCUCCUGUUGGGUUUGAUGUGCAAUACAGUCGAUGUUGCAACCUGGCUGCCCAAUGUGUGUUGUGCGACUGGCAAGUCGUUUGCAG